AUGUCUUCUCCCAUCGUCGUCGCUAUCGGUAACCCCCUGCUUGAUAUCCAGGUCAACCCCGACGAGGGACCUGCGUACCUCAAGAAGUACGACCUCAAGGCCAACGACGCUAUCCUCGCCGAGGAGAAGCACAUGGGCAUCUACGACGACAUCGUUGCCAACGCCAAGGUCACCUAUGUCGCUGGUGGUGCCGCCCAGAACGCUGCCCGAGCUGCCUCUUACGUUCUCCCCCCCAAGUCUGUUGCCUACAUCGGCUCCGUCGGUGACGACGAUUUGAAGCAGACCCUGGAGAAGGUCAACGAAGCCGAGGGUGUCCAGUCCGCCUACCAGGUCCAGCCUACUUCCAAGACUGGUGCUUGUGCCGUCAUUCUCUCCGGCCACGACCGUUCCCUCUGUACCACCCUCCGUGCUGCCGAGGAGUUCACUCCCUCUCACCUUUCCACCCCUGAGGUCGCCAAACUCAUCGACGGCGCUAAGUACUUCUACAUUGGUGGUUUCUUCCUCACCCACGGUGUCGAGUCUGCUCUCGAGAUUGCCAAGACAGCGGCUUCCAAAGGCAAGAUUGUCGUGCUCAACUUGUCUGCUCCUUUCAUCCCUCAGUUCUUCAAGGUCCAACUCGAGGCCCUUUUGCCCCACGUUGACGUCUUGAUUGGUAACGAAAGCGAGGCUGCUUCUUACGCCACCGCUACCGGCAUGUCUGACGCUCCCGUCAAGGAGAUCGCUGCCGCCCUUGCUGCCCUUCCCAAGACCAACAGCUCUCGACCCCGAGUCGUCGUCAUCACCCAGGGUGCCGACUCUACCCUCGUCGCCUCCUCCUCUCCUUCCGGCUCUGCUGGUAACCUCAGCCUCUCUGACGAGAACCCCAAGACCUACCCCGUCUCCAAGCUCUCCGACGACCAGAUUGUCGACACCAACGGUGCUGGUGACAUGUUUGCUGGUGGUUUCCUCGGUGCUCUCGCUCAGGGCAAGACCCUUGACGAGUCUAUUGAGAUUGGUCACAAGCUUGGUCAGAUGUGUGUUGGCCAGAUCGGACCCAAGCUCGUCUACCCCCGAGUCAACGUUCUCUAG